AUUUAAUAAUCCAAAAAGAAUUUACUUUUCCACGUCUUUACUUGAUUUUUUGACGUUUUUUAAUUUCAUAGCAAUUAUUAACGUCAACCAUUACGAUUUUAAUAAUUUAUGUAAUGCUUUUUUUAGUAUUAUAGUUCUUUUGUAAAAUAUAUAAUUGAUGGGCGAUGAUGACCUUAAUGCCUCUAUCGCACAUAUCGUCCUGUGCUGUGUGGCCGGGGAUGGAGUGGCUCGCACGCAUGUUAGGAGUUUCGUGCACCCGGGCAUGCAUGCCAACUUCUUCAUUCACGGACUAUUGGGGUUUCUACACUAUCAAAGCGGCAAAUUCAACACCGAUUUCAAGGGAGCCUAUGCGAUUAGCUCUAACGCAUCGAGAUAUCUUGCAUUACCGUGCCUAAUGGCGGACCUGUACCGCAGCGACAAUGCCGUCAGCACUCUACAUCUUGUCUCUGGUCUGGUGCCGUUUGCAUUGUCUCUGGCUGGGCAAGAGCACCGACAAUUGGGGAACUUGAUGAUAGCUUGCAACAUUGUAUCGCUAUGUGUGUAUUCUCACCAACAUGAUCGAGGUUGGGGAUGGUAUACAGCGGGCGCUGGUGUGUUAGCGUAUUUUUGUUUACCUCAAAUUCCCCAAAAAGUGGCGUAUCCAUUGUUACUUAGUCUAAUGGAGUAUUGCGCGUACAGGCUUUUCCAUGUAGACUUUACCACUCCACCUGGUCCUAGACGAUAG